CCUGCCGGGCAGCCGGGACUGUCAGCAGGAGCCUGGAGCCCAGGGAGCCGGCAACCCGCCGUCCCUGUCCCAUGGCUGGGUCUCCCCGCCGCGCCGCAGGCCGGCGGCUGCUGCUGCCCCUGCUGUGCCUCUUCUUCCAGGGCGCCACCGCCAUCCUCUUUGCCGUCUUUGUCCGCUACAACCACGAAACCGACGCUGCCCUCUGGCACUGGGGCAACCACAGCCACGCGGCCAAUGAAUUUUACUUUCGCUACCCAAGCUUCCAGGAUGUGCAUGUCAUGAUCUUCGUGGGCUUCGGCUUCCUCAUGGCCUUCCUACAACGAUAUGGCUUCAGCAGCGUGGGCUUCACCUUCUUCCUGGCCGCCUUUGCCCUGCAGUGGUCCACACUGGUUCAGGGCUUUCUCCAUGCCUUCCAUGGUGGCCACAUCCAUGUUGGUGUGGAGAGCAUGAUCAACGCUGACUUCUGUGCUGGGGCCGUGCUCAUCUCCUUUGGUGCCAUCCUGGGCAAGACUGGGCCCGCACAGCUGCUGCUCAUGGCCCUGCUGGAGGUGGUGCUGUUCGGCGUCAACGAGUUUGUGCUUCUCAGUCUCCUGGGGGUGCGGGAUGCAGGCGGCUCCAUGACUAUCCACACAUUUGGUGCCUACUUCGGGCUGGUCCUCUCUCGGGUCCUCUACAGGCCCCGGCUGGAGAAGAGCAAGCACCGCCAGGGCUCUGUCUACCACUCAGACCUCUUCGCCAUGAUCGGGACCAUCUUCCUGUGGAUCUUCUGGCCCAGCUUCAAUUCUGCUCCCACGGCGCUGGGGGACGGGCAGCAUCGGACGGCCCUCAACACGUACUACUCCCUGACCGCCAGCACCCUCAGCACCUUCGCCCUGUCAGCCCUCGUCAGCAGGGACGGGCGGCUCGACAUGGUCCACAUCCAGAAUGCAGCACUGGCCGGAGGGGUUGUGGUGGGGACAUCAAGCGAAAUGAUGCUGACACCCUUUGGGGCUCUGGCAGCUGGCUUCUUGGCUGGGACUGUCUCCACACUGGGGUACAAGUUCUUCACGCCCAUCCUUGAAUCAAAAUUCAAAGUCCAAGACACAUGUGGUGUCCACAACCUCCAUGGGAUGCCAGGGAUCCUAGGGGCCCUUCUGGGGGUCCUUGUGGCUGGACUGGCCACCCAUGAAGCUUACGGAGAUGGCCUGGAGAAUGUGUUUCCACUCAUAGCUGAGGGCCAGCGCAGUGCCACGUCACAGGCCAUGCACCAGCUCUUUGGGCUGUUUGUCACACUGAUGUUUGCCUCUGUGGGCGGGGGCCUUGGAGGGCUGCUGCUGAAGCUGCCCUGCCUGGACUACCCCUCAGACUCCCAGUGCUACGAGGACCAGGUUUACUGGGAGGUGCCUGGGGAGCAUGAGGAUACAGCCCAGGAGCCUCUUCGGGUGGAGGAACCCGACACUCAGGCCUAACCUGCUGCCUGCCCCCAGAGGAUGUGCUCCUGCUAGAAGAGGAUUGGCCACUGUUGGGAAGUCCUUUUCUAGCUCCCGUUUCUCCUGUUGCAAGAAAGGAUUCAUGAGCUAGAAGCAGCCUCCUUCCGUAGGCAGAGUCUCCCCAGGAGAGGGACGAUAGAAGGCUGGGAGAUGCUAUAUACUUGGAGGGGGCUAUAACUUGGGGGGAGAACCUCAUGAGCGCCCCACCCACUGCCGCACCAGCCUGCACGUGUGGGUAGAAAGGGCCAAGGUGAGGCACCUAAGUGACCACUGAUCCACUGACCUAGCAUCACACGGUCAUAGUGAAGCCCAAGCCAGGCCUGGCUCUUUGAGGGUAAUAAAUGCCACUGUCACUAA